CAACUAGUACUUACCCAUUAUCAUCCCACUAUAUACCAAUAUCUCAAUUCUACCAGUCCAACAGAAAAUAGACAACGAGAUAAAAGGGACAAAAAUGCUCCCCACCCCCUGCACCUCCCACGUCUCCUUCGACACCAUCUACGAACCCUCCGAAGACUCCUACCUCUUCCUGGACACCCUCUCCUCAUCCAGCGAAUCCGCCUGGCUCACGAACCACUUCUCCCCAUCUACAUCCUCGCCCUCCCCGCUCCUCCUCGAAGUCGGUACUGGCUCCGGCGUCGUCCUCGCCUUCCUCACUGCAAACUCCCACCAUAUCCUCGGCCGCACUGAUGUCCUUGCCCUUGGCACGGACGUUAACCGUAAUGCAUGCCUUGCGACGAGACAGACGGUUUUGAAGGCGAUUGAGGAGCAACAGCAACAACAAUCCCAGAAUACACAAUCAACCUCUACAAAUGAAUCUAAAACCUCUCAAAUCAAAUCCCUCAUCUCCUCAACACUUACCUCCGACCUCGCCUCCCCAAUUCGUCCUCACUCGAUCGAUAUCCUGCUAUUUAAUCCGCCGUAUGUGCCUACGCCGGAAUUGCCGCGGUUACCUAGUAAGGAGGAUAAUGAUGAAGGGAAGGAAGGGGGCAUGUCGAGGAGCGAAAAGUUCGAGAGAGAGUCGUAUUUUCUCUCGUUGACGUAUGCGGGAGGUAAAGAUGGGAUGGAGAUCACGGAGAGGUUGUUGGCGGAUAUUCCGAGGGUGUUGAGUGAGAGGGGCGUGGCGUAUGUGUUGCUUUGUGCGCAGAAUCGGCCGAGGGAGGUGGUGGAGAGGAUUGUGGGUUGGGAUGGGUAUUUGGAGGGAGGGAAGUGGUGUGCUGAGUUGGUUGGGAGUAGUGGGGUGCAGGCGGGGUGGGAGAAGUUGGUUAUAAUGAGGGUUUGGAGGGAGUUCACCACUUCUUCUUAGGGGUUUAGGUUGUGUAUAGUUGGGGGGUUAUAUACUAUUGGGAAAAUGGAUGAUAGACUAAUGAGUGAUGAUGAUGAUGAUGAUGAUAGACGAGGGUAUGAUUGAUUUCUGACAACACUUCAUAAGAAGUGUGUAUAUUUCUGUUCUUCUUCGUGUGUGUUUGUGUCGCGGCCACUGAUUAGAUAGAUAUACAGUAGAGUAAACUACUACUCUCCUCUUCUCUUCUCGAUCUCGAGUUGAUUCGAUUCGACUCGACUCGGUCAUUCAUCGACACGACCGACCUGC